AAGUUACUGAACGAAUCUAACAUAAUCGAACAGAUUGCUUUGUAAUUUUAUAAAACGUGCAACUCAAAACUAAAACCAUUAUUUUUAAACGAAGAAUUAAUGCAUGAUUUACAAUCUUUUCAGGUUGAAGUAAUUUUGUACAAGUAACAGUUGUUCCUUUAAUAAAAUGUGCAAGUUAAAAUAGAACUACGGGAAAGCUUGUGAACUAUUCUGUGUUUGUUUAAUAAUUUAUCUGCUUUAUUUUGCACAUUUAAAGACAAAUUAAAUCAAACAUUAUGGAGAAAUCUCAGAAAAUGCCAAAAGUGGCAAAGGUUAAAAAUAAAGCACCUGCUGAAAUUCAAAUAACAGCAGAACAGCUAUUGCGAGAAGCUAAAGAAAGAGACCUUGAAAUCUUACCACCACCACCGAAACAAAAAAUUUCUGAUCCCCAUGAGUUAGCAGAUUAUCAACAUCGGAAGCGUAAAGCUUUUGAAGACAAUAUUCGUAAAAAUCGCAUGGUGAUUUCAAACUGGAUAAAAUAUGCUCAGUGGGAAGAAAGCCAAAAACAGAUACAAAGAGCACGGUCUAUAUACGAACGUGCAUUAGACGUUGAUCACAGAAAUAUUACAUUAUGGCUAAAAUACACGGAGAUGGAAAUGCGAAAUCGUCAAGUAAAUCAUGCCAGAAAUUUGUGGGAUCGUGCUGUUACCAUAUUACCUAGAGCAAAUCAAUUUUGGUAUAAAUAUACUUACAUGGAAGAAAUGUUAGAAAAUAUUGCUGGAGCGCGCCAAGUAUUUGAAAGAUGGAUGGAAUGGGAGCCUGAUGAACAGGCUUGGCAAACCUAUAUUAAGUUCGAAUUGAGGUACAAAGAAAUACAAAGAGCUAGACAAAUUUAUGAACGUUUUGUGAUGGUUCAUCCUGAUGUUAAGCAUUGGAUUAAGUAUGCACGAUUUGAAGAAUCCCAUGGCUUUAUUAAUGGAGCUCGUAAUGUUUAUGAACGUGCCAUUAAUUUUUAUGGUGAUGAAAGUUUAGACGAAAAAUUAUUUAUUGCAUUUGCAAAGUUUGAAGAAGGUCAAAGAGAACAUGAUCGAGCUAGAGUAAUUUACAAAUAUGCAUUAGAUCACAUUCCAAAAGAAAAGACACAAGAAAUUUAUAAAGCAUAUACUAUACAUGAAAAGAAGUAUGGGGAUCGUUCAGGUAUUGAGGACGUAAUUGUAAGCAAAAGGAAAUAUCAGUAUGAACAGGAAGUAAAAGAGAAUCCUUCUAAUUAUGAUGCUUGGUUUGACUAUUUGAGAUUAGUGGAGUCAGAAGGAAAUGUAGACGUUAUUAGAGAAACGUAUGAACGCGCGAUAGCUAAUGUACCUCCAACCAAAGAAAAACAAUUUUGGAGGAGAUAUAUUUAUCUUUGGAUAAAUUAUGCUCUUUUUGAGGAACUCGAUACCGAAGAUAUGGAAAGAUGUCGACAGGUGUACAGGGCAUGCUUAGAACUAAUUCCUCAUAAACAUUUUACUUUUUCGAAAAUUUGGUUACUGUAUGCAUAUUUUGAAAUAAGACAAAAGAAUUUAACUGCAGCUAGGAAAACAUUAGGUAUGUCAUUGGGUAUUUGUCCUAGAGAUAAAUUAUACCGCGGGUAUAUUGAUUUGGAAAUACAAUUGAGAGAAUUUGAUAGGUGUAGAAUUUUGUAUCAAAAGUUUCUCGAAUUUGGUCCAGAGAAUUGUACGACUUGGAUGAAAUUUGCAGAAUUGGAAACACUUUUAGGUGAUGUAGAACGUGCGCGAGCUAUUUAUGAAUUAGCUAUAUCACAACCAAGGUUAGAUAUGCCUGAACUUUUGUGGAAAUCGUAUAUUGACUUCGAAAUAGCACAAGACGAAACAGACAAUGCGAGACAGUUAUUUGAGAGGUUAUUAGAACGUACGCUUCACGUUAAAGUCUGGAUUGCAUAUGCUAAAUUUGAAUUGGCAAAUACAACAUCAGAAGAUGCUCUUGACAAUGUUGUUUUGGCAAGAACAAUCUUUGAACGCGGAAAUGAUGCUCUUAGAUCAAAUGGAGACAAAGAAAGUAGAGCAUUGCUUCUAGAAGCAUGGAGAGAUUUCGAAAACGAGAAAGGAGAUGACGAUACUAGAGCUAAAAUUAUAGAAAAAAUGCCUCGACGAAUUAAACGUAUAAGACGUAUUGUUGGAGAAGACGGGAGGGACGACGGUUGGGAAGAAGUAUUUGAUUUUGUUUUCCCAGAAGAUGAGUCUCAAAGGCCAAAUCUCAAAUUUUUGGCAUCUGCCAAGGCUUGGAUGAAACAAAAAGAACUGACUGAGAAAAGUGAAACUAACCCAAGCACAAAUAUUAAUCAAUUAGAAUCCAACAGUUAA